GCUCGGCGCGUCGGCGCGCGGGGUCGAGGGUCAGCCUGAAAGAUGGCGGCGGCGGUGACCUUCCUCAGGCUGCUGGGCCGGGGAGGCGCGGCGGCGCGGAGCCUGCGCGGGGCCGCCAGGUGCUUCAGGGUGCGGACCUCGCCGACCGGGGAGAAGGUCACUCACACCGGCCAGGUUUAUGGCAAUAAAGACUACAGGAAAGUUCGAUUUGUGGGUCGUCAGAAAGAGGUGAAUGAGAACUUUGCCAUCGACCUGAUAGCAGAGCAGCCUGUGAGCCAAGUUGAGAGUCGAGUGAUAUCGUGUGACGGUGGGGGAGGCGCCCUGGGCCACCCCAAAGUGUACAUAAACCUGGACAAAGAAACAAAGACGGGGACGUGCGGCUACUGUGGCCUGCAGUUCCGGCAGCCCUGCCACUAGGGCCGCGAGGGCAGCUCGGUGACACGGACUCCGUCUCUAGUGCCGAAUAAAGGGUGGUGUUCUCCAGGAUGCCGCGCACAGCUGUUUCUCUCACACAGGUUCACUUAGGACUGUGGCUUAAGGUGGCAUCCCCUCCCGGGCCCCCGCCACAUGCUCCUUCCACCCGCGGGACCGCAGCGGGGGCUGGAAGAAACCGGGGGCCGGGGGGAGGGGUGACGUGGCUGCUCAGGGGCGUCGGGCUCCGGCCCGGCUCUGCCCCUGUCGCUCAUCCGCUGCCGCUCUUUCUGUCUAUCUGAUCCUCGGGCUCCGUCCAUUGUUUUAAAUCCCAAGAAGUUAAGUACCUGUUUGAAGGUGUUAGCAGUCACGUAUGGUCCAACUCAAGUACAAUUUGUAUAUUUAAAACAGUAGUGAUUGCGAUGUAUUAUAACACAAAAAUAAAAAUUAAUAUUAUGCGGGAAGAGAAUGGA